CCCCAGGCCGGGCGGGAGGGCAGAGAGGCAAGAGUCCGUGAACAUGGCGGCUAGCAUCCGCGGUCGCUCCGUUAGGAGCCUCCGCAUCAGAGGGCGGAAUGACAGCGGGGAGGAGAACGUGCCGCUCGAUCUGUCCCGAGACCCUUCAGACAACCUUCGCGAGAUCCUCCAGAAUGUGGCCAAGCCUCAGGGAGUCUCUAACAUGCGAAAGCUUGGUCACUUGAAUAACCUUAUUAAGUUACUUUGUAAUGUUGGCCACUGUGAAGAAAAACUAGGAUUUACUUAUGAAGAAAUUAUAAUAUGUUUGCGAUUAGCAUUGUUAAAUGAAGCUAAAGAGGUGCGUGCAGCUGGUCUCCGUGCCCUUCGCUAUCUCAUCCGAGACUCCAGUAUUCUUCAGAAGGUGUUGAGACUGCGUGUGGAUUACUUAAUAGCUAGGUGUAUAGACAUACAACAGAGUAACGAAGUGGAGCGAACCCAAGCACUUCGAUUAGUUCGAAAGAUGAUCACUGUGAAUGCUGCGCUGUUCCCCAGCUCAAUCACCAAUUCCCUGAUUGCAGUUGGAAAUGACGGACUCCAAGAGCGUGAUCGAAUGGUGCGGGCAUGUCUUGCCAUCCUCUGUGAGCUAGCACUUCAGAAUGCAGAGGUGGUUGCCCUCCGAGGAGGUCUCAGCACCAUUCUGAAGAAUGUGAUUGAUUGCCAACUGAAUCGCAUAAAUGAGGCACUCAUUACUACCAUUCUGCACCUGCUAAAUCACCCAAAGACACGGAAAUAUGUAAGAGCUGAUGUGGAAUUGGAGCAAAUUUUAGCACCAUACACAGAUUUUCACUACAGACAUAAUCCAGACACUGCAGAAGGGCAGCUCAAAGAAGACAGAGAAGCGCGGUUACUAGCCAGCAAGAUGGCAAUAGUAGCAGCCUUCCGCUCCUGGGCGGGAAUUAUAAAUCUCUGUCGGCCUGGAAACUCUGGUAUCCAAUCUUUAAUAGGGAUACUUUGUAUACCAAAUAUGGAAGUACGGCGUGGUCUGCUAGAGGUGUUAUAUGAUAUCUUCCGUCUCCCUAUCCCUGUGACAACGCAAGACUUUUCUGAAGCUCUGUUCAGUGUAGAUCCCAGCAGAUUCCAGGACUCGUGGCGUCUUUCAGAUGGAUUUGUAGCAGCUGAAGCUAAAACCAUUCUCCCACAUCGAGCGCGAUCCAGACCUGACUUGAUGGAUAAUUAUUUGGCACUUGUGCUAUCUGCAUUCAUCAACAAUGGACUACUGGAGAGUCUGGUUGAUGUGCUAACAAGCAGCAAUGAUAAUGUUUCUGUGCGGGCCACCAUCCUGCUAGGCGAGCUCUUGCACAUGGCAAAUACUAUCCUGCCAUACGCCUACAGCCACCACUUGCACUGUUUACCAACCCUCAUGAACAUGGCAGCUUCCUUCGAUAUCUCUCAGGAAAAGCGAUUACGGGCCAGUGCAGCUGUAAAUCGUCUGAAGCGUUUUCAUGAAAUGAAGAAGCGAGGUGCAAAACCUUACAGCCUGUACUUGGAUCACAUCACACACAAAAAUGGCUCCACUAAUAAAAGGCGGGAUCACCACUUGCGUGUCCAAAAAGACAUCUUUAUUUUAAAGGACACAGAAGAGGCAAUGAUGCAGAAUCUACGAGAUAGCGAUGUCCUGAAUAACAAGGACAACCUGAGGUGGAAUUGGAACUUAAUCUCCACCAUUCUUAAGUGGCCAAAUGUAAACCUGCGAAACUACAAAGAUGAACAGUUACACAGGUUUGUGCGUCGAUUGCUAUAUUUUUACAAGCCCAGUGGUAAACUGUAUGCAAACAUGGAGCUGGAUCAUGCAAUGGGAAAGCAGCUGACUGUAGUGGGCUGCCAAUUCACCGAGUUCCUCCUUGAAUCUAAUGAGGAUGGUCAGAUGUACCUGGAGGAGUUGGUGAAAGAUAUAGUACAGUGGCUGUCCCCAUCAUCAGGUCUGAAGCAUGAGCGCAGCUUGCAGAACAAUGGUUUGCUCAACACCCUUAGCCAGCACUACUUUCUCAUUAUUGGUACCCUAUCCUCUCAUCCACAAGGGGUCAAGGUUUUGGAGAAAUGCAGCAUGUUCCAGUGUUUACUGAGCCUGUGUUCUCUGAAGAAUUAUGACCAUGUGUUAAAGCUAACUGUUUCCACGUUAGACUAUAGCCGUGAUGGAUUAUCCAGAGUGAUUUUGUCCAAAAUCCUUACGUCAGGUACCGAUAACUGCAGACUGUAUGCAACAAAACAUUUGCGGGUUUUACUACGGGCCAAUGUGGAGUUCUUCAGCAACUGGGGCAUAGAAUUACUCGUGACACAGCUGCAUGAUAAAAAUAAAGCCAUCUCUUCAGAAGCGCUCGAUAUCCUGGAUGAAGCUUGUGAGGACAAGGCUAAUCUGCAUGCACUGAUCCAGAUGAAACCAGCAUUAGCCCACCUUGGAGACAAAGGCUUGCUGCUGCUACUUCGCUUUUUGUCCAUUCCAAAGGGGUUCCAUUACCUGCAUGAAAGAGGUUAUGUUACCAAACAAUUGGAGAAAUGGCAAAAGGAAUACAACUUGAAAUAUGUAGAUCUAAUUGAAGAACAAUUGAACGAGGCACUCACUACAUACCGCAAGCCAGCUGAUGGUGAAAACUAUGUUCGACGCAGUAACCAAAGGUUACAAAGACCCUAUGUUUACUUGCCAAUUCACCUUUAUGGCCAGUUGGUUCAUCAUAAAACUGGCUGUCAUUUAUUAGAAGCGCAGAGCAUCGUUCCAGACCUGAGCUACACUGUGCGUUCACCCGUACUGGAUAAAUGGGAUGGCAUAAAGCAGCUGAAAGCAGCACUCUGGGCCUUGGGUAACAUUGGCUCGUCAAAUUGGGGAUUGAAUUUGCUUCAGGAGGAGAACGUCAUCCCAGAUGUUAUAGCCCUGGCCCACACUUGUGAAAUUCUCUCUGUUAGAGGGACGUGUUUGUACGUACUGGGUCUCUUGGCAAAAACAAAGCAGGGGUGUGAUAUCCUGAAAAGCCAUGGUUGGGAUUCAGUCAGGCACAGCCGCUUGCAGCCCUGGCCUGUGGCUCCUGAUGACAUGGAGCAGCUGUACAAUGAGUUGUCCUCAGUCCCGAGUACGUUGAGCCUCAACUCUGAAUCUACCAGUUCCAGGCAUAACAGCGAGAGUGAGUCAGUGCCUCAGAGCAUGUUUAUUAUGGAAGAUGAUCGCUAUGGCAGCAGCACAACCAGCACUUUUUUCCUAGAUAUCACUGAGGAGGGUGAUCAGUCUUUGGAAAAGCCCAAAUCGGCUAAAGAGAAGGAACGAAGCCCCUUGAGCAUCCUCAGCUCAUCUAGAUUUGUCACUCGGCGCUUCUUCAAUAAUCUGACUUCACUACCUAGCAAGAAACUGCGCAGUGGCAACGAUUCCAAGUCCAGCAAGGCAGCAGCAGAUACGAAGCAGGUUCAGCGGCGCAUUCGUGCUGUCACUGAACCAGCCAACAGCACUGAGUAUUUGCACACUGAGGUGUUUACCAGCAUCUUCAAUGGUAACCGAUUGCACAAGAGCCACACAUUGAGUUUGGAGACCUCCUUUGUUGGGAGUAGGGAUCAUGGCAACAGAGGAAGCUCACAGAGCAUCUCUGAGUCUGAACUAAAGCGCCCAAAAACUAUGUUGGGAGAUAAUCACCAGGAACAGAUCAUAAAGGAUCGGUCUAUGGGUGACAGCACGACUGGCACACAGUUCAAAAGCCGCAGCCAGAGCUUUAACACUGAUACAACGACUAGUGGCAUUAGCUCUAUGAGUUCUGUCAGUUCAAGUCCAUCUGGUGAAACAGUCCGCCUGGACCCUGCCAAUGCUGACACAGACUGUGGCAGCCUGAAUACAAUCGUCAGUGCACGGACAGUGAAGACCAAUGUCUCCCUUACUCCCCAGUCAAAUCACCUACCUCUGUCCAAGUCAAACUCUGUGUCACUGGUCCCUCUGGGGUCGUCUCACACGCUCCCCCGAAGGGCGCAAUCACUGAAAGCACCUUCAGUUACUACCAUAAAAAGCCUGACCGACUACAACUUUAGUUAUACAAGCCCACGUGAUGCAUUUGGGUAUGCCACACUGAAACGACUACAGCAGCAGAGGAUGCAUUCAUCACUGUCACACUCUGAAGCCCUGGCAUCUCCAGCAAAAGAUGUGCUGUUUACAGACACAAUUACCAUGAAGACUGGCAGCCUGGAUUCACGGUUGACACCAAGAAGAUUCAUCAAAGCCUUGAGCUUCGCCUCGCUGGACAAAGAGGAUUUAUUAAGUCCAAUAAAUCAUACAACACUUCAGCGUUCUUCCUCUGUACGUUCCAUGGUCUCCAAUGCCACCUGUGGCAGCACGGACGAUUACAUAGGCCUCGCAUUGCCCAGCGACAUUAAUGAGCUGUUCCAGGUGAAAGAGAUUCCAUACUUUCAGCAGAAGUGUAACCUGCCUAAAGAGGACCAUUCCCUCCAAGACCAGGAGUCAGAUAAUGAAGAUGCAGCAUUGUCUCCUUGCUCUCGGAGUCCCUAUCAAGAGCUCCGGCCACAGAUCAGUUUCACAGAGGCAAUGCUGAAAGCAUCGGAAAAUGCUCGUUCCAUUGAUGUUACUGAGGAGACUGGUUUAAAGGAGCACACAGAUGAGAACUGCCUAUAUUGUGUGUGCCUGCAGAUUGUCGGCUGCCUUCCCUACAGCCAGUGUGCUUCCACUUUCAAUCGUGUAGAUUUUCCAGACAUUCCAUGCUCCGAAUGCUGUGUGUCUGUCAUCCCAAUCCACACCCACCUGGAAGUCACACCUCGCUCCUCUAAGAUUUCUGGGAUCUCUGGGUGCAGUGAUGCUGUGUCACAGGGCUCAGCAAGUAGCACCAAGAGUGUGGAUAUCGUUAUAGGAGGGAAACCUGUCAUCGAUGACACACCUGCCUGCCGAGUGCUUUUGAGGAAAGAAGUCUUACGAUUGGUCAUUAACCUGAGCAGCUCAGUGGGAACAAAAGGUCAUGAAACUGGGCUCUUAACGAUAAAGGAGAAGUUUCCUCAUGCGUUUGAUGACAUUUGUCUAUACUCCGAGGUUUCCCACUUACUGGCAAACUGCACCUUCCGUCUGCCUUCCCGCAGGUUUAUCCAAGAACUCUUCCAGGAUGUUCAGUUCCAACCCCUGUACGAGGAAGCAGACACUACUCUCUCACCGAAGCAGCUUGAAGCUGAGCCAACCCCAGCAUCCUGACCACGUUUGUGCCGAAGAAUUGCUGCAUCACCAAACCUACAAAGUACUUCACCCAGAAUUCAACAGUACCAACAUCUGACUACCGCUGUGACCAGCAGGGCAGGUGUGUCGAAUUGGCACUCGAAUCCUGUCCCUUGCAUGUUCUUAUUUAUUUCCCUUCCCUCUGUCUUGGAUGUGAAGGUAUCCCUAACACUACAGGAGAAGUGAUGCAGACUGGGAGACAGUAUGUGAGACCUGUGGUUGGAUCUCUCCCUGUCCCGUGGCUGUUGGCAUGAUUGCACAGAUACACACGCUCUUCCCUAACCUGGGCCAGUCUCCAUCCACCAGCAUUGCCCCAGUUUCUUUCAAUCACUGGGCCAGAUGUGCUCAAUCCCAUCCACCACCCUUGCUGUCAGUAGAUAGGCGUGUCAAUUUUAUGUUUAAAUGUAGUCAGCUUGUAUAAAUGACCACUCUGUAAUCUACUUAAAUUGCAUUGACAACAUGGGUUCAGGUGGAAUGGAAUCAGGCUGCAGUGCCCGUGAUAUGCACUCCUGGAGAACCUGAACUCUCAGCAGGGAAAGUAUUCUGUGGCGUGGUGCUGUGGGCUCCUGCACACAAACAGAUUUGCCUUUACUGGUAAGUCUCACUUGUAGAAACUAAUUACAUGCCUUUAUAUCAUGGGUAUAUUGGAAAAGCAGUUUAAUGCAGCCAGGAAAUAUUCUCUCUAGCCACUGGUCUAUUAGAGCAAUAGGAAACAGCAGUUUUGUGUGCGAUCUCCUGCUCCUAGACCCUAGGCUGCUCUGCCCUGCUCCUGGACACCAAGGCAAAAUUCUCCAUCUGCUUCUGGACUGAUGUACAUGGGCAGUACCCCCUAUCUGGCCCAAUUGAUAUGGUUCAUUCUGGGUUAAAUCCUGUCAUCUUAGCACUUUGGCUAAAAUAGCAUAAAGCCUCCACUGGAUGCCCCACUAGGAAAGAUUGCACAAGAACUUUCAGAAACACCAUUUCAGGAGAAGCAAAGUCUGAUUAUUUUUAUGACGCUUUGAGACAAAUAGCAAUGUGAGAGUAGGUUUUCAUUUCCAAUAUUAGACUGUAAACUUUGGCCUUUCAGCACUCAUCUGAGGGGCUUGAUGUGGGGUUGGUGUCAACAAGUAGCAAUGAAAUUUUCUAACACUACAGUACAGGGUCCUAUGAGCCCUGAUUUUACUGCAGAGCGUCAGCUGUGACAGUAUGAGAAGAACAAGAUGAAGCACUGGGAUUUCCAUUGAACCUAUUUGUUAUGAAGCUCAAUCAGCAAUGGUCUCCUGGCUUCAGGAGCAAAGGUCUCAACCAAAUAUUUUGUCUCAUUCUGAUUUUGACGUGCCAUGCAUGUGCACGCAAUUUCUCACCAUUUUACGGAUCAUGAGUUACACUAAUAUAUGAAAUGUUCAAGAUGUUUUUGUACAUGUAACCAUAAACACCAAUGAUUAGCUGUAUGAGACAGAAAGAAAAUGGCUGGUGACUGGUUUUCCCUCAUCCUAUCCAGUACUCCUUCAAUGAAUGUUGGUUCCUAUGGCUUUUGAAGAGAGUGGGAGUGUCUGCAGUUAGAUACCUGUCACAGGGCCCUCUUAGAGACUGGAGCAGUAUUUGCCUUCGCUCUCAAUUAUAACUUUAGCUCUUUGUAUUGGAUCAUUUGGUCAGACUUGAUGAGAGGCAUUGUAUGACCUCAGAUUGCAUACAAGUUCUGAAUUGGCGUUAGAAUUGCUGGGUGAGCCAUUCUCCAGACUGGAAGUGUGUAUGGUUUGCUGGACAGGAAACUGGUGGGUGUUUUCAUUUCCAGAGCAGUUAUUUAAUUCUAGUAAAGUGGAAGGAGGAAAAAAAAGGAUGGGUCCAGAAUAAGGUGCUAUUACAAUAAACAUUCAUCUCUCCAGGAACUGAUAACCAAGGAGAAUGGAAUAUGAUGCAUGCAAUAGUCUAAACACAAGGAUGGCUUUGCUAUGGCCUCACAGGUACUCUGUCUUCCACUUGGUUAUUCCAACUAUGCUUCUGCCUCUAAUACCAAACUCUUACCCAUCAAUUAACAGACUGCAGUAUCUCUCUUUCUCUUCCCACCCCUCUCUACCUGCAUUGCACUAGAAAGAACACUAACUUCAGUUAUUGACCAGUUAAAUCAGUCAGCAACUGUAAGCAUAUCCUGAACACCUGAUUUUCAAAGUUCUUAUAGGUUAAUAAUUCACUGUUUCGUGAUUGUGUUAUUUUGGAUCCCCCUCUGUCCCAAAGUUGACUGGUAAAUGCUGAAUGUCAGGAUUAUGCAGAUAUCCCAAGAACCCUGUGUCUUGUCAUUCCCAUGGUCUGUGUACACGUCUAUCCUUCCUGCUCAGUCUUGUUGACUUUUGUGUUCUGUCUUUCUUGUGGUCAACUGGUCAUUUUGUUUGUCUUUGAUCUCUUACAAUUGCAUGUGCUCAAAAUCACCACAAGAAUUUUAGGAAUGAGGAGGUUGCAGGGAACGGAUGGCCUUUAGUUGUGAGGGGUGGCUGAGAUUUCUUGAUUGAGUGAUCAAAGUUUUGAUAUUUUACAUAUCUGUUUUAGAAGGGAUAGAAUAAACAGAAGACUGACCCCUGUGAGAAGGAGAGAGCAUAGAAUAUGGACGUUGCAGCCACCAUUGUGGAUGUGUUUGAUCUUAUUUCUUUGUGAUAAGCUGCUACAUUAUUGGGAUGUUCUAGUGUACAUAAGUCACUGAACAUGAAACCUGAUUUAUAUUGUAUACCUGUAACAUAGUCUGAUUAAAAAUGAGAAAAGAAAUUAUUUAUAUAUUUUCCAUAAAAGAAUAUUUCAUGGAGCUGUGUAUAAUUUAAAUAAGGUAAAACAGAGAAGAGCACCUGUCGAGUAAUGUUUUUGUGUUGCCACCUUGUGGUUUCUUUGUAUAGUGUGUACAGUCUGUUUUGGGCAUUUACCCUUCUGAACAUAAAAAAUUAUCAAAGGGAUGCAUUGUUAAUUAACAAUAAAAACAAACGUAUCCAGA